AGCCAUUUGGGCUCAAGGCUGUGGCUGGUCUGCUAACCGCACUGUCUGUUACGGUACUUCCUGAAUUCUGAAUUUUCAGGCUUUUCUUUUCCUGCGCAUGUCUGGGUCUGCGGACCAUGUGGCGCAGAAGGUCGCCUUUGCUGCAGUGCUCGAGGCCAUCAUUGCAGUUCCUAUGCGGCGUGCUCUACAGGAACAUCUCCUUCGGCAAGCUGUUGCCACCGCUUCGACGGUUGCGAUGGGCGGAGGUGGUGUCCUGAUGAAGGGCAAGAAGGCUCCUGGCAGUACCGAUGCGGUACUUUCCGAAUUCGAGGCCGUGCUGCAGGGUGCAGGCGAGGCCUUGGGCCUCGAGCGCAAAGCGACUUCUGAAGACGUUCGACAUGCGCUCCGGGCCAUCGGUGAGGAGUCUCUGGCCAAGGAUUGGGCUGGCUUCAGGGCUGGCCGCAGAGCCUUGGCCCACCCCAAGCCAGGUCUGACCAAUAGCGUCAUGUCCAAGCUUGUGCGAGGACAUGCUAACUCGCACUCGGAGUCUGACACCACGGCUGAGGCGCCUUUGACCCAGGCGCCAGAAGCCAGCACCGACGACUUUUCGGACUUCGGCGAGAAGGUCAGCAAGCUAGAGCGCGUAUGUGAGCAGCUCCUGAAGCACCAUUCGGACAACGAGGCCGUUCACGCCAAGCUCGUGGCAAAGUAUGCCCUCGUCGACUACUGCUACAACAUGCGCAACACCAUGCAGGAUUUGAAGCUGCAGGACAAGUUCGAGGCGAAUGACUUGGACGCAAUCGGGAAGGCGGUGCAGGAUACCCUUCAAUGGUCCGACAAGCCCCUGGUGGCCGACGCUGCCGAGUUCGAGGGCAAGCGAAGGGAGCUGGAGGGCAUCGUCAACCCCAUCAUGAUAAAGGCAGUCGAGAGCUGCUGCUACAACAUGCGCGGCACCCUGCAGGACCUGAAGCUGCAGGACAAGUUCGAGUCACGUGACUUGGACAACAUUGAGGAGGCGGUGAACGACACCCUCCACUGGCUCCACCUGCCCCAGGCCGCUAACGUGGCCGCGCUCGUGGGCAAGCACAGGGAGCUGGAGGGCAUCGCCAACCCCAUCUUUGACAAGGUGCGGAAGGCGCAGACCAAGCAGAAGGAGCUGGAAGGCAUCGCCAACCCUGUGGCGGUACAUGUGUCCCAGACCUCGGGCUGCGCCGAUACCUCGGCCAGUGUGGUGGUGGCGCAGGCUGGCGCUGUGUCCGAUCCCGAUGCGGACGAGAGGCGCGAGUGCAUGGACAUCAUCUCCAACAGCUGGCUUGCACCCAGGUGUGAGGCGACGCGAGCCACUCUGCUCGAAAAAGACAUCCAUGAGCUGCGGAACAUCGCGUAUACUUCUCAGAACAAGCCGUUCUGAGCUCGUGGCGCACGUUCCUGGUUGCUGGAUUCGCCUCGGAAUGUUGUGUGGCCCGCCUGGGCCCCUUGGGGCCCUGGCUUGCCGUCGGUCCCGCUCCUGGGGUUCGGGGCUUCGGUUGGGCCGUCCCCGCGGGGGUGGGGCGUGCACCGUCUGUAACCCUGUAGGUUGCGGAAGUGGCACGCUCCUGUCGGUGCCCUGUCUUGGGUCCUCGUCGCCGUGUGCUGGGCCGCGAGGCUGCCGACGUUGGAGGCGUCGAUACGUUUCCUCCAUGUGGCCCCACACUAGAGUUGGGAUGCCAUUUUCCAUAGCCGUGGAGCCGCCUCGCUGGCUGCUCUAUUCUGGCGGAGGGGUAGGAGUCUCCUCCCAUCCCUCUGCUGUCUCCCUUUCGCUGGCCUCAGCUAUCGACUCGACUGCUGCUGCGCCACUCACUCCCUCC